GUUGUACGCGCUUGUCCAUUGAUAUUCGACUCUCUGAAUAUCUACGUUCUGCCUACGUACACAUUGUUCGAGAAUUUUAUCUCAUACACUCGUCGUUCAUCUCAACUAGAAUUGAAGGAUUCGGAGAUAUUUUGUGUAAACAUUAGUCGUUAAAAGAAGGAAAGCACAUGGUUUGAAAUCCAGCCGGCCUCGGAAUCAACUUUACCGCGAAGUUUCGAGAUCAUAGUUGGAGGCUUCUUGCAAACGUCGACCUUAGCAGGUCGGGUGUGUAACAGCUGAGAAUGGAGAUUCCGAAGCCACAGCCACGUGCUGGUUUCCUGGUAAACGUGGAAGGCAUGGCAGUAGACGAAACAAGUGAAUGUUCAGUGGAAGAAGUAGGCACGUGCGAACGGACAGAAAAGAAUGCGUGUUUACGCAGUUGCGUUAGGCCUUCAAUUAUUAGUCAUAGCGAUAGUAGUUUCUGUACACAUAGUAGCGAAACUAGUAGCAAUAACAUCCAUAGUAGUUUUCCUGUAAAUAGUUCUUUUAAAGAAGUGCUUGAUAUUACGUAUAAUGUGAAUGGAUACAGAACGGUAAACGUCGAACGGAAGAGCGAACAUAAGUUCGAGAAUUCUAGAUUCGAGUCCGGAAAGAACAGCGUUCGGGUUCAACAGUCUCAGAUGCGCAGAACGGUGAAGAUCUCUGAUAGAGUUCCUAUUUUCCACUACGAGUCUGAGAAGGAACAACAGAGUGAUGAAACAAACACCAGCAUUUUGGAUGUUCUGCGCGGCAAUAAAUCCUGGCCUUUCAAAAGGUCCAACUCCAACGAUUCGCCUCUACUACCAAGUGCACUGACGUCUUCAAUGCUGCAGCCAAACUGCGAAGUUUCCGCUUCUUUUGACCAAAAGAUACGCGAAGAAACUUUGGGAUUCACGAAUAACAAAGAAACAAGAUCCAUUUCUGUGAUAUCUUCUGAAAUGUGUUCCAGUCACAAGCAUAUAACUGGUAGUGGUGGAGUCAGCUCCUCUGGAUCUACUGUCACUAGCUACAGAUCUCAAUCGAGUGCAAAUGAACUACGAACAGAAAGCUGUAUAAAGCCGACCAACUAUAACGUCCAAACAAAUAGCAUGCUUCCCAUGUCUCCCAACUCCUCUUUAGGCAUAAACUCGUCAAGUGCUAGUGUCGGGCAAGGAACUACUGCCUCUGGCAUUGCAUCAAUACCUUUCGUUCCUAAUUCAAAGUACAAUGAUCCCCACGUGCUUAUGAUGGUGUAUGGCUCUGCGGCACAGUGCAAGAAGGUAGGAGGUUGUGGGCUGCGCUGGGUGCCCCGAUCUCAAGUUCCUCCGGUCAACGCUGCGUCUCAAGACAUGCAGAUGGACAAGGAUGGCACACUUGAAAUCAGUUUCGAUGAGUGGCGAGACUAUCUCCUCUUCCACCCGUCAGCGAAUCUGCGAGACAUCAUUUUAUACUGGCGACAUGCAACUAACUUAGACGUUGGCGAAGACUUGAGCAUUCCUGACGACUUCAGCGCCGAGGAGUGGGUGUCUGGCAAAUGGUGGCGUCACCUGGUGGCGGGUGGCGUGGCAGGCAUGGUCAGCAGGACGUGUACCGCCCCCCUGGACAGACUCAAAGUUUUCCUACAGGUACAUGGUUCUCACAAAUUUAAAAGUCUGCGUCAGUGCAUAAAGUACAUGAUUGACGAAGGUGGCAUUAAGAGCUUGUGGCGCGGUAACGGCAUCAAUGUCAUCAAGAUCGCUCCAGAGUCUGCGUUCAAAUUUGCCGCAUACGAGCAAGCGAAGAGCGUAAUAAUGAAAAACUUCGGAGCAGCUGACCGGGAGUUGAGCAUUUAUGAGCGAUUUGCUGCUGGGUCUUUCGCCGGAGGCUUUUCUCAAAGUGUCAUCUAUCCGAUGGAGGUGCUCAAAACUCGACUUGCUCUGCGAAAGAGUGGUCAAUACACUGGCAUUUUUGAUGCUGCUAAACAAAUCUACAGAACUGAAGGUCCUAGAUCAUUCUACCGUGGCUAUGUACCGAACCUCUUGGGCAUCAUCCCGUACGCCGGCAUCGAUUUGGCAGUUUAUGAGACUCUGAAGAAGCGCUACGCUCAACUCUCUCCAGGCCAAAAAGAUCCUUCCGUCUUCGUAAUCAUUGGCUGCGGGGCGCUCUCCUCUACAUGCGGGCAACUGGCAUCUUAUCCUCUAGCGCUGAUUAGAACUCGGUUACAGGCUCAAGUUCUGUCUAAAGAUGCCACCGUCAGACCUGAUGUUCCUACUACAUCGCUUGGAAUCUUCAAGCAAAUCAUUCAGAAGGAAGGUCCCAUGGGGCUGUACAGAGGCAUCACGCCAAACUUCAUGAAAGUUGCGCCCGCUGUGAGCAUAUCCUACGUCGUCUAUGAAAAGUCCCGCGAAGCAUUAGGUGUUCGCAUGACGUGAACGUCGUCCUCAGUGACGUUCUGCUCCCGAGCGAAUAAACUGCUCUGCAAUUAUGCUACCAACAUCCUCCUUUACCUGCCGAAAUUCUUCACACUCCUCACAUAAUUUUCUUAACCCUAAUUUUAAUUUUAAAGCUUCUAUAUAAUUGGUAACUAUUUGAAACGAGUGAAAAACAUGCCAAACGAAGUGCCAGUCGAAUAUUCAAAUUGAUGCAACGCUAAAAUUUAUUAGAAUGUUUGAGAGUAGAGAUUGACAUUUUAUUCAGGGUAAUAUUCCUAUAUUUUGGAACUUUGAAAUAAACCAGCAUGUAUGAUAUGGGUCAGCAAUGAGGCAGGAGAUAUGGUCAUCUAGGAUGUAGUGAUGUCGCUUGAAGGAAGUCUUCGACAUUUGAAUCGUUCAUGUGAUAAUUCUUUAUGGCAGAGCCCUAAUAUGCAGUGGAAAAUGAAUACUGUUGAACGAAUUACUAUUGUCUGCAGGUCCAUUUCAGAAUUGACUUCUCCGAUUAAAUGUAGUUCUUACCAGCCGGUGAUGGAAAAGUUUAAAAAUCCAAAAUACUUGCAGCUUUAGCUAGGCACUUUUUUGCCGAUUCUCUCGCCUGGUUUUUGCAUGACCUCUCAUUUUCUGCUUAAAGAAGGUCGUGAAAUGUUUAAUCUCGCACGCUCUCUUUAAAUACGACUAUUAGGCCGCAUCAAUUUUUGUACUUAAGCUCUAGUAACUUGUUGAACAGCUCACUUCGGCAUCUCUUUACAUUCGUCUGAGCUAAUUUUAAUACGCCACUGGAUUUUAUUUUCUUAGCAACUAUCCUCACUUCAAAACGAAUUGAAGCAUUUAUGGGUUCUGACAAUCGGAUAAGAAUUCAUAUAACACAUGUAUAACCUUAAAGGCUUAAACCGUUAACACUACAAUGGUCUCGCAUGCAUUUACAAAAUACUCAAUUUUUGUUAUUUUCUGUAGUCAAUUUGAAUCUGUAGCACUGUAGUCAGUCAGGGAUCUUAAGCGGCGUAAUCUGACAAGCAUGUAGAAUUUCAGUAUUAUCCUUUCAUACUUCCAUUUCUUCUCUUUCGCCUAUAUAUAAUCCUUCCUAAUAUCGGAUUGUAGGUUAUGCAAAGGUGUUCUUUUUUUUUCUCUACGAGCAAUCCAGGACGAUGUUUCAUAACUAACCUGUGCCAAAACAUACAGCUUUUAAUUCCUGCAAAGUUCCCAACAUCCCCGAUCGAUUGUUAAGUUAUAUUAUGGAUCACAGCUUAAUCUCUUGUUAUUUCAUUCUGUUCCCUUGGUACUUAAAAUUGAAAUGAAUGCAUGCCUUGAUAUUUUGUACCUUAUUAGGUUCUGCGGGACUAGACCUGUUGCAUAAAGCCGUGCUCCCAGCCGUAUUUAGUUAUUUAAAUAUUUAAGUCCUAUAUUUUGUUUGCUCAUUAAGACUGAAAACUUUGAGAGAUGAAUCGUAAAGCAUAGCUACCUUCAUAUCAUAACUUUGAGAUUUUCUCUAAGAUCAGAAGAUCUCAAAUAUGGUGCAUUAACUUAAAGAGGAUCUCAAAGUUAUGAUUUAACAUGAAACUCUUUAUUUUGACCUUGGAAGGCACUUCCUUCCUGGAGGUCACCAUGAUUCUCGGUUGUAUCAUCCUCCCGGUUGAACUAGUUUUCAACAAGUAUGAGAAUGAAUAAAAUUGUUUAGACUGAUUGGUUAUGGCCUGUCAUCAAACUGGAGUUCACUUGUUUGUUUCUCAAUUCUAUUUAAUUCUUCGUGGGAUACCUGAAAACCAUUUUCAAAUUGGAAUUGUUCGGAAAAUUAGAAUGGCCAGUUUGGUGUUGCAAAAUAUAAGAUAUCCUCUCAUUUAAUUGCAAAGCAGGUAGCACGUGCUUCUGACAUAUUUUUCAAUUCCCCGACUAACCAUUCCCUUGCCCUCAGUGGAUUGCUUGCUUCUGUGAUGUGACUUUUAAAUGUAUCACCUUUUGAUAGUCUUUUGGAAUUUCGACAGGAGACUACUUUAUUCAAGGGAUAGUAUGAGUUCUAUUUCUAAGUGGCUCACGCUGAGAGGUACAUUUAUUAUAGAAUUCCUUGACAAAUUCCAGCAAUGGAUUGAUUUGUACAAGUGUCGUCAAGAAAAUUAAUUAUGUAACACCUGUUGGAGUUGGGUCGAAUGGGUGGAAUGCUAUUCAUCAGCUUUGAUUGCUCUAAUCAUCGAGUUUUCUAGGUUUUGUUAACUACUUUUAUUCGUGUAUAUUGUAGAUAGUUGUUGAAAGUACUUGUUCUGACUCUUCUUCAUUGUUGAUACUGGAAUUAUCUCGAUUAUUUAUAAACGGUUAUAACUAGUAACAGCUUUUGCAAGCUUUUGUACAUGAUCAAUCUCGUAUAAGUGUAUGGGGUAACUCAACGCUCUUGAUAUCUUGAUCUUUGUCUUGUGGUGUUGGCGUAUUGUAUUGGCUUCAUUUAAGCAAAUUUUUUCCAUUCGUCUUGCCUUUCUUGUAUUUGAACAUAAAAACUUGACAUAUAUGAAUUUGAUUUUUCUUGCAUUCUAUUUCUUGAGGGACGUUGAUUUUGUUCGUAUAAUUUUUGUGUGUAUUCGUGUUGUAGUCUAUUUGUGCAUCAUGUGUACUUGUAGAAAUUAUUGAACGUUAAAUGACAAGACAGAUCUUUUGGUUUUCAAUUGAUCUACUAUUAAAAUACCUAUGCAAUUUUUGCAUGUAUGUUCCGUUUUUAAGAUGAGGGGAGGCAGCAACGUUACUUCACUUCAGAGAACUUCCGUGGUUACAAACAAUUAAAGUGAAGUACAAUUUUAUUUCUUGCGUUUUUCAUCAGUUAUAAAAUUUGUGUGGAGCUGUAUUCUUCGAUUCUUGCAUUUUCCGCCUAAAGUUAGCAGUUUCUAUAUUACAACCGACAUCACUGUUCAUAUCUUUCUAAAAAUUCGGUUGUUCCUUAACAAAACAAUUGUAAACUCAGACUUUGAUAUGAAUUUCUUCCUCCUUAA